GUUUUUGUCAAAAUAACGUCAGAUUUGACUUUUCGUAGCAGGUUAGUAGGUUAAGAAAAGGGUUUACUUAGGGUUAGUUUAAAUCCCCACGCACCAAAAAAAAUCUACCUUUGACGUUAAUUUGACAAAAACUGGAUCCCUUCUAUAACAUCCAUCCACCUGGUUCCCAUCGUUACCGGUAAGAAUGUAAACAAAAGGAAGAGGGAACAUGGCGGCACUGGAUGCAGCUCCCCUGCGGUGCGUUGCCUUUGGCAGCUGCCAGGAACGGAAGUUGUUUCCGACCCACUGUGCACCUAACCGGCUGGGCAAUAAGCUGUCACUUGAGGGAGCCCCACACCGUGGCCCCGGCUGCUAUGACAAUCAUGUUGGUACCAUUCUAUAUGAUGUACAGAAGAGACCUGAGAGUAAGAAAGGAUACACUCUUGCUGCAAGGACGUCUGCACGGUUUCUGCCCUGUGCUCAGACAAUCAGUCCUUCCCCUCAGAGGUAUCAGCAGGACAGAACCUGGUCUAAAGUAUACCCUCCUGGCAGAAUCCCCUUCAGCUCCACCACAAAGAGGUUCAGGACCAAGCCUGUUACAGCUGACUUCAAACCAGGCCCAGGGACAUAUGCUCAUGAUACUACUCUGAACCAGAAGGUGUCAUGGCCUAUGAAAUUUGGUUCCCCAGACUGGGGUAGACUGCCCACAUUAGAGAGGAAAGCCUUGAGGACAGAGCUGCUUUGUGAUAAGGAGUUUGUGAAGCAAAGAAGUCGGGUGGCAUAUCUACAGUUGUUCUACUCCUGACUCUUCUGGAGAUCAAUCUGAUGUAAGCAUAAAUAAAGUGAUUUUAUUUCUCAGCUUUAAUAUAGCCUCACAAUUGACCAAUAUCUCAAGGUAUACGAAGUGGGGAGUGAAGUUGCCUAAUUCUUGCCUCAUGUACGCUGAACAAAAAUCGAAAUGUAACCAACGUUAGGACGUGUUAUUUCUUACAUUAGUACCCCAGG